AUUAAAAAAAUUGAAAAACCAGUGCAGUGAUAGAUAAGGAAAGAAUUCCCAAUUUCACACCAUUAUAGCAUAGUUGAACUCAAGCACCAACACGCACACAGAGGUAGAGAGAGAGAGAGAUGGCGAAUUUGAGAACGGCCAUGGAUUCUGCGUUUUGGGACCUCAACAUUGCGAGCCCACAGACCCUUCUAGAAGGUUCCGCCAAGUACGUUCCAGACCAACCUUUCCCGCUCGACGGCGCUCGAGCUAGCCGAGUCCUUAGAAUUCAACAGCUUUCUCUUAUGGGAAAUGGGUUUCCUCUGGGCAUCAUACCCUCUUUCUCUCCCACUGCUCACAAGGAGUUGGGUUCUUUCUCUCUCCAAUCUCUCUUCCUCACACAAGAAUUCUCCAACUGGUGGCUUGGAUUAGUAGCACAGUUCCGCCCAAAGAAAUUGAUCUCUGCCAUUAAAGCAGAAGUAUAUAGCAAUGAUGAGUGGGAGCUGCCUGCAUUUAAAGAUGUCGCUAAGCAUUUCCUGGACAAGUCCCUUUAUUCACUUGGUCUAUGCUCUCAGAUAUCUUUGUCUUCUGUAACAUCCAUUUUGUUGAGCACAGAAGCACAAGGAGAGAGGAAGGGACGCGGCACCCGGGCCAUGCUGCUUCACAAGCUUCCUAAUCAUGAUAUUACAAUGGAGGCAGCAUGGCCUGAGCUCUACAUAGACCAUAAUGGAAAAUAUUGGGAUGUUCCUGAGUCCAUUUCACUCGAUUGCUCUUCCCUUGUUUCUGAAUCUGGAUUGCGAUAUCGUUUUGGUUUACACAAAAACAGUGGCCAUCCUGAGCCUGUUCAUCCCAGUCAUGGUGAGGUACCCCUUGCCUUAAUGCCUGGAUUAUGUGCAAAAGCUGCCUUUUCUUAUGAGAAGAGCAAAGAUCUUUGGAGGCAACCGGAGACGAAAGAGGAUCUCAUCAUAGAGACAGAGAAGGGUCGAUUUCGGCAGCCUGCGUAUGAUGUUCGUCUUAAAGAACCUCAUGCAGCAAUUUCUGGAAUUAUUGGUGCUACUUGUGCGGCGUGGUUUGGAGGUGGGGAGAGCUCAGCGGCUGUUGAGAUGAAGGGAAAUGGGGACAGCGUUUCAGGGGGUGCUAAGAAAAGAAGCCCUUUUUGUGCUGAUUUAUUUGGCUCGGUUUGCUAUACUUUCCAACAUGGGAAAUUCAGGAAGCUGUAUGGGGACCUCACUCGGGUCGAUGCUCGCCUGGAUAUCUGUUCAGCUUCAGCUUUGGCUGAAAGGGUAUCCAAAAUUUUCAGGAGUUCUUCAUCUAGUAAUGCAGAAAAUCCACUAUCUUCUCCUGGGCUCAAUUUGAUAUUUCAACAGCAGGUUGCAGGGCCAAUUGUCUUUCGAGUAGAUUCCAAGUUUUUGCUUGAUUCAUCAUCGUCUGGGAAACGAGGAAUACAUAUGGAAGAUUUCAUAUACAGCUUGAACUACUCCCUCAGGCUCCUACAGUCGGGGAAAGUGGUAGCAUGGUAUUCCCCAAAAAGGAAAGAGGCAAUGAUUGAAUUGCGCCUUUUUGAGUUCUGAAAAAAAAAAAUUGGUUUUAGACUACUCUCUCUCUCUCUCUGAGUAAUGGUUGUAGACUACUCAUUUUGGAAUGGAGUGAUGAUAAUCGGACUCCUUAUGAUUUUGAUAACCUAGUUUACGAAGCUGUUACAUUUUCUCAUUCCCUUUUGAAAAAUCUAGAGCAAAAUUCGAUUAAACGCUGAGAGUAGGAUUUAUUCAUGAAUGACUAUAAUGAGGCUCAUAAUCAUUGUGGCUGCUUACUGUAUUUUUUUGGUUUACUUCUUUUUAUUUCAACUCCUAAAGCUUUAAAUUGUGGAUUGUACUAAAUUUCAUGUAGCUCUGUUUGGAAAUUACACUUGGAUGAGAUUAUGAUAUGGGAUUUCUUUCCCAUGAGGCAAUACUUAUUGCUCAUGAAAA